GCUCCAUCCUCGCCAAGUGAUGCUCCUCGGUGGGGCUUCAUCGAUGCACGGAGCUCCGCCGCGGUCUGGUUUCCUCCGCGAGGAAACGCGCACUGAGCGGCGGCCGAACAUGGGGAUUUGAUGGGGGGGUUUCUGGAGGAGUGAGCCGGAGGAGGGAAGGACGACGAGGAGGCGCAGAGGUCCCAUCAGAGAGCGGUGAAGGACUUGGAGCAAGAGGGGGAGGAGGAGGGAGGACUCCGGGGAAGCGGGACGCAGAGGAUGGCUUACAAGCUUUACAUAGUUUGAUCUGGAUUUCGGAGGAAAAAAUUUGAUUUCUUUUUUAUCUUGGAGUUUCUGGAUCCUUUCUCUUUGUGAUGGAGUGAUACAAAGAGCGCGCUGUAAGUUAAGAUCCGCCAUGAAAUCAGUGUUUUUCAGUCGCUUCUUCAUCCUCUUGCCCUGGGUCCUUAUUGUCAUCAUAAUGAUCGACAUCGACAGUAAAAGGGCGAUCCGGGCUCCGGCGGCUGGGCGGACCGGCAGGGCGCAGCGGAACCCCCGCUCCGGCUCACCGGGAGCCGGCGGCGCCCAGAACCAGUCAUCGCUGCCCAUCAUCUACGCCAUCACCCCGACGUACAGCCGCCCGGUGCAGAAAGCCGAGCUGACCCGGCUGGCCCACGUCUUCCGCCAGGUGCCCCGAAUCCACUGGAUCGUCGUGGAGGACUCGACCUCCCGCACCGACCUGGUGACGCGCUUCUUGGCCCGGAGCGGCGUGCCGUUCACGCACCUGCACGUGUUCACUCCCCGCAGGUUCAAGCGCGCCGGGAUGCCACGCGCCACCGAGCAGAGGAACGCGGCUCUCGCGUGGCUCAGGCAGCACCGCGGCAAGCGCGACUCCGGCGUGGUUUUCUUCGCGGAUGACGACAACACGUACAGCCUGGAGCUUUUCGAGGAGAUGCGAAGCACUCGAGGUGUUUCGGUUUGGCCUGUGGGAUUUGUGGGUGGCCGAACAUAUGAGCGCCCCCUGGUGUCCGGGGGAAAAGUGGUUGGUUGGUACACUGGCUGGAGGCCGGACAGACCCUUUGCUACUGACAUGGCAGGCUUCUCGGUGAACCUCCAGGUGAUCCUGGCCAACCCGCGGGCGCUCUUCAAGAGGCGGGGCUCCCAGCCGGGGAUGCAGGAGUCCGACUUCCUGAAGCAGAUCACCAAGGUUUCCGAGCUGGAGCCCAAGGCGAACAACUGCACAUGGGUUCUGGUUUGGCACACUCGCACAGAGAAACCGCACCUCGCCAACGAGCCCAAACUCAAAAAAGAUAUCGUGGAUAUCGAGGUGUGAUGCUGUCACACCUUCAACUUUGGAGUGAGCGACAGUGACCUGCUUUCUGCCCCGAACAGGCGGAGACGAUCCGAACAGCGGGCAAAACUCUGAGGGUCUGCAUGAUUCAUGACUCUGCCAUCCAUCAGAAUGUUGCUUUUGGGAGAACUGGACUCGUCUAAAAAGAGCUGCAACAUCCUGGACUUUUUGUGUUCGUCCAUCCACAUCCUGCUGAUGUAACUACAAAACGUAUAAAUGUGAAACAUUGUGCUGCUAAACUGAGAAGUGCCAUGUGUGUCACUUUGAUUCAUUGUGUUGUCGAACUGACUGUGGGACGGCGAUAUAAAGAGGUCAGACGGAUAAUAUGCGACUCUGUUGUCUGUUUUCAAAGCACAUAUUAAUAAUUAAUAAUUACACCGUCUGGAGAAUGAGCAAUCACAACUCUGGGAAGAUGUUCGCUCAGUUUUUUUAAUUCAGAAAAAAAUAUGCACACGUAUAAACCCAGAAUUAUGUUAUUUAACAGAUGAACAAAGUGGAAAAUAACUUCAUUAUCACCAAACCUACUUUGGAUUGAUAGAUUCUCCAUGUUUUAACAGAAUUGACUAAUUAGGUCUGGCAGUUAAAUAGUUCCAUACAUUUAUCUUUAAUUUCAUUGGUUAUGCAUUUAAAAUAUAUAUAUAUAUAUUUCUGCAAUCUUUACAGCCUCUAUAUUGUGUCUAACAUCAUGAUGAUGAUUUUUCUGACAACACUUAAUUUGUAUUAUCACAAUAUUCCAAAAUAUUUUGAUUAUAGGUACACAGAAGAUCCAAUGUGGGGAAAAAAGAACAAAAACCUAUUAUAGCCACACCUGAAAUACUCCAGCUUACCAAAACUUACAUCCAUGACAAUUAGGAUUCAGUUUUUAAGGUGUUUUAUAAAACCAAUAGAUACAGUUUCUCCAUAAAUAUUGUUUCCUUUCUGCAAAGCAACAUAACUGCUGCAUUUAUUGAUUCAAUAUUGCUGCAGAUGUGUUUCCAUAGAAAGCUGCCCUGUUGUAUUACUGUCUGUAUUAUUGAAAGCUGUAUUAUUGUCCACUUGUUCAGUAUAAAGUGAAAAAUAACAUCGAUUUGAAAGAUUAGAAGAAAAAUAUGUCCCCAAUUUUGAAUUUGAAACCUUUGCUGUCAAGUUUUAAGUAGUAAACAUGUACAAAGGUUAGGAGUUACAUAAAUAAAAACUAAAUAAUGAGC